UCCAUGCGAACAACACCUUACUGCAAUUUUGCCAGCGGCCGUCGUUUACUGUUAUAUGCUGGGUUUUAUUGGUGCCAAGUAUUAGUUUCGAUUAUCAAGCUACGGCACGUUACGUGAAUGACGUUCAUACCAGGAAAGCGAAACUUACAGGUUUGUCAUGAGUCCAUAGUUAUUCGAAACAGAGGAGCACGGAUAUACGCAGGACGAGGAGCAGUACUAUUAUGAGCUUUGUACUUUAUAUCAUUUGAGCUGAAAGUCCGACAGCUUCGUCAUUAAAGAUGGAAACUGGAAACUAUGUUGCUAGACUAAACGAGUACGUACAGAAAACAAGCUCUGUUAUGCAAUAUGAGGACGUCGGCUCUGUUGGCCCCGCUCAUCUUAAAACAUUCACCCAGAGGGUAGUCCUAAAUGGAAAAGUUUAUCCAGAUGGUGUGGGAAAGAACAAGAAGGAAGCCAAACAAAAUGCUGCUAAAAAUGUCCUGAAAUGCUUGUUGGACUCAGUUGACACAACUGCAGAUGAGAAUCACAACCCCACAUCAGCUCAACAAAAGGAGGAAACAAAUCAACAUGUUUUGGAUAUCUGUAAUACGACAAGAUGCCUCAGUAUGAACAGCAUUAUUACAGAGAUAAAUUACAUAGGAAUUGUCAACCACUACUGUCAGAAAAAAAAAACCUCCCUUAAAUUUAUUGAGGAAAGGAGAUGCGGUCCACCUCAUAACCUUCAAUUUUUCUACAAACUAGUGAUCAACGAUAAGGAGUACCCUGUGGGUGAGGGUAAGAGUGUAAAGGAAGCCAAACAAAAAGCAGCUCAGCUGGCCUGGUCUGCUCUUCAAGAACAGACAGAUUGGGACAGCAAGGUGUCCGUCCGGUCAACAGUGUCCGAAGAUGGUGCACCACCUAUGUUCUCACCGCAAUCAACUACCCUGGAGUCCCAUGAAUCAUCAUCACAAAGCACAUCAGUGAGCACAAGUGGAUCAAUAAUAUUCACUGAUUCAUCAAACCUUCCCAAGGAUCAGAUUCCCAUAAGGUCAACUGCAUCUGAAGAUGAUGCCAGGUUGUCAACUUCACUGGAGUCUCUUUCAUCGCCACAAAGUAUGUCAACAGGUACAAGUGGCUCAGGAAUAUUCACUGAUUCAUCCAACUCUUCCAAGGAUCAGCAUGUUGUCAAAGACAAGAAUAUGGGGAAAAGUCAGAAUGAGACAUCCACCCAGUUAAGUGUUAUGCCUGGCAGGUUUACUUCAGACUUUGAGCCCAUGGAGUGUCUUGGGAGUGGAGCCUAUGGUAAUGUUUUCAAAGCAAGAGAGAAACUGGUGGAUAAGGAUUAUGCUGUAAAAAUCGUCAAAUAUGAUGAAAAAGCUCUUCGAGAAGUGAAGACAUUAUCAGACCUCCACCACCAUAAUAUCGUCAGAUACUAUACAGUUUGGACAGAGGAUUCAGGAUACCAAGGGGACAGUUCCACUGGCAACAGGAACAGUUCUUCCCAAAAGUACCUCUAUAUUAAGAUGGCGUUAUGUGACACCAAAACCCUUAAAGACUGGAUUGAUGAGAAGAACAGUCAGUCUCCCCAAGACUCCAAGAGAAGAGAACAAAGUCUCAGCAUUACUCAGCAAAUAGUUAGUGGAGUGGAAUAUAUUCACUCCAAGAAGCACAUCCACAGGGACCUCAAGCCUGAAAACAUCCUGUUUGGACUGGAUGGAGAAGUGAAGAUUGGGGACUUUGGUCUGGUCACCAGAGAUGAUGAUGCUUUGAUGGACAGAACAGAGAACACAGGAACCCGGUCUUACAUGGCUCCGGAACAAAGGACGAAGAACUAUGACCGAAAAGUGGAUAUAUUUGCUCUGGGCUUGAUAUAUUUGGAACUUCUUUGGAAAGUCUCUACUUGCCACGAAAGACGAGUGGUUCUGGAUAACGCCAGAUAUCAGAAGCUUCCCAUAGACUUUUCAAAGACUUUUCCCCAAGAGAACAAUGUCAUCAAGUUAAUGCUGCGUGAGAAGCCAGAAGACCGACCUGAUGCCAGUAAACUGAAGGCAGAGCUGGAGAAGUGGGCUCAGACAUUCAGCACAAAAAAUGUGCGUCAGGAAAAUGCAACUGUCUGAUUAUCACAAGCAAUUGUGACAAGUCACAUUAGCAUAUAGAAACGUGGCUCUUCUGAUGUCUGUGACUUAAAUCAAAUGAUCUGAUAUACUGUUAUAAAUAUGUUAUUACAUUUUUAUGAAAAUGUUUAAUGUACCGCACUUGUAUAGCGCUUUAACCUGAACUUGAAAUGACACUCCUAUGGCAGUGGGUGGUAAUUUGGGGUUCUAUGUUUUGCUCAAAGACACUUCAACAUGCAAACAGGAGCUGGAAUUAUUAACCCUGCAAAUUAUGAAUAACCUAAGAAGGGGACCUAAUAUUAUUGGUUUUGAAGGACAGGGAAAGAAAAAUGAAAUCAAGUUUUAUCAUGAUUUUAAAAAGUACUUUUACAUGAAUUCACAUCCGUCCAGCUUUUAUUCUAAAUAAUCACGUCUGUAAUUUCUGUGUUCACAGUUGACAUUUUAUUCUAUGCUGGAAAUGGUUAAAUGUAUUUAAAGUGGUGUCACAUUACAGCCUGUGUUUUGUACUGAAUACCGGUAUGUUAAGUUUUAAAAAUUAAAUAAUGGUUAUUUGGAGCAUAAUGGUCAUGCAUCUACAGUCCCGACUGCGACAUCAGUGGCACCGCACUCUCCUGGCUCCGUUCCUAUCUCACCAAGAGACAACAGUUCACACACACCAACAACUGCACCUACUCCGUAACUCCUCUGUCACAAGGUGUCCCCCAAGGUUCGGUGCUUGGUCCUCUCCUUUUCAUCCUUUACAUCCUGCCACUCGGAAGUAUCGUACGCAAACAUAGUCUUCACUUCCACUGCUACGCCGAUGAUGUCCAGAUCUACAUCUUUACCAAAUCCAUCACCACAGCUACAUCCUACAUCCUACAACCGAUAUUCAAACCUGGAUGCAAACCAACUUCCUCCAACUCAGCUACAAUAAAUCAAAAUUGAUGCUCAUCGGCCCGAAAUCCCUCACAAAGAACACCCAUAACUUCGGUCUCACUGUCAACAACUCCACCCCAUCUCCAUCCCCACACAUCCGUAACCUGGGAGUCAUCUUCGACAGCAACCUCACUUUUGAAAACCACAUCAACCAAAUAACGAGAACUGCCUUCUUUCACCUCAAAACAAUUGCCCGUCUCCGCCCAUCACUCACCUUUUCUGCUGCCAAAACUUUAAUUCACGCCUUCAUCACUUCCGGAAUUGACUACUGCAACAGCAUCCUCUAUGGUUCACCUGCAAAAGCCUUAAAUAAACUCCAUUACAUCCAAAACUCUGCUGCCCGUUUCCUCACCCACACCCGUUCCUGUGAUCACAUCACUCCCGUCCUUCAGAACCUCCACUGGCUGGUUUCCC